AUGAAACUUUUUGAUGUUUUUUCUUCAUUUGAUGAAUUUGAAAGUGUUUUAAGUCACUACAAAGACAAAAAUUAUGUCGACUAUUAUAUUAAAGACUGCAAGACCCUGGCAUCAAUCAAUGCUAAAUUCCCAAAUGGGAAAAUGGUAACAGCAUCAACCAAAAUUAAGUAUUAUUAUAUUAAAUUAUGGUGUGUGCAUGGAGGAUGCCACAAAAAAAAAAAAAAUACUUUAGACCAACGUGUCACCUCUACAAUGCGCCAAGGUUGUGAAGCUUUUAUAUAUUUAAAAGCUUCAGCAAAUGGACAACAGUUAGAAAUAACUAAAAUGGACGAGACUCAUAACCACGAGACCUCAAAAAUAUUGUACAGCCAUCUUCCCAAUCAGAGAAAGAUCACACCGGAAAACAAGGCCAUAGUUAUAGAGUUGAUGGAUAUGAAGGCGAACAAAAAACUUAUACAGGAAAAAAUAAUGAAAGAAAGCGGUAAAAUAGUUACACUAAAGGAUUUAUCCAACAUCCGUACCACAGCUGGAAAUCAUUGUUCAAAAAAUGAUUUAACCGAAGUUGUAACUAAAUUAAAGGUGCUCUAUUAUCCAUCCGGGCGCCCGGUGCUCUAA